AUGACUCAAUGCAAAUCGGGCCAGCAGGUGGUGGCUAAGCUGUAUAUUUUUAUCUAUAUGGAUGAUGAUGGAUUCUACACCAAUCCAUUCCUGGUUGCUGAUAAAGAGUAUACCAAUGAAACAGCAGCUUAUCAGGCCCUUUCGGGCCUCCAAGGCUCUAAGAUUCCUCUGUACUAUAGGACUUAUUCCCUUGACAUCCCUGUUCCUGGGCCGAAGGAAGACAAGCGCAGUGUCCGGCUCAUUCUGAUUGAUUUUAUACCGGAGCCGUUCAUGCUAGAAGCUGAACCCUGUGGCUUUUCUCAAGAGGCUCGUCAAAAGAUUAUGAAGUCUAACAUGUCCUUUUGUGAUUUACAUCCAAGAAAUAUCAUGUUGACUGAUCGUGGAACUGUCUUUAUUGAUCUCGGGGAUAUUGACCAAGUCAUACCAGGCAUGUAUAUCUCACCCCUUCUGUGGUGGCGUGAGGCACAAGACAGAACCUAUAGAUUCGAAAACUGGAUUGAGUGGGACUGGCAACGCUGGCUUGAAGCAAAAUUUGGGUAUACGGCAGCAACAAUCAAGCCAGAGACGCACGAGAGAUUUCUUCUGUCUUCCCUAGCCAAGUGUUCCAAUAGCCUUCCGUCUCUGUUUUGAUGUACUGUCUGUUUAUAUAUUGAAUACUUAUUCGUUUCCUGAUCACACUUCAAAGCAUAGACGGGUUUGGAUUCAGGUUUAGAUGAC